CGCCGUGGAGGAGCUGCGCAAAGAGGGCAAUGCGCUCUUCAAAUGCGGGGACUACGAGGGCGCCCUGGCCGUCUACACCCGGGCCCUGGGGCUGGGCGCCGCACCCCAGGACCAGGCCGUGCUGCAUCGGAACCGGGCCGCCUGCCACCUGAGGCUGGAGGAUUUCGCCCAGGCGGAGAGGGAGGCGUCCAGAGCCAUUGAAAGGGACGGUGGGGACGUCAAAGCGCUGUACCGCCGGAGCCAGGCCCUCGAGAAGCUGGGCCGCCUGGACCAGGCCGUCCUGGACCUGCAGAGAUGCGCGAGCCUGGAGCCCAAGAACCGAGUUUUCCAGGAGGCCCUGCGGAGCAUCGGGGGCCAGAUUCAGGAGAAGGUGCGCUACAUGUCCUCGACUGACGCCAAGGUGGAGCAGAUGUUCCAGAUCCUGCUGGACCCGCAGGAGAAGGGCACCGAGAAGAAGCAGAAGGCUUCGCAAAACCUGGUGGUGCUGGCCCGGGAGGAAGCCGGGGCUGAGAAGAUCUUCCGGAACAACGGGGUGCAGCUCCUGCAGCGCCUGCUGGACACGGGGGAGACUGACCUGAUGCUUGCGGCCCUGCGCACGCUGGUUGGCAUUUGCUCGGAGCACCAGAGCCGGACGGUGGCCACCCUGAGCGUGCUGGGCACACGGCGCCUGGUCGCCGUCCUGGGUGUGGACAAUGAAGCCGUGUCACUGGCCGCCUGCCACCUGCUCCAGGUGAUAUUUGAUGCCCUUAAGGCCGGUGUCAAGCGAGGUUUCCAGGGCAAGGAAGGCGCCGUGAUUGUGGAUCCCGCCCGGGAGCUGAAGGUCCUUCUCAGCAGCCUCCUGGAUCUCCUGACUGAGCCGGGGGUGUCUGGCCAGGGUCGUGACAAUGCCCUGACGCUGCUCAUCAAGGUGGUGCCCCGCCCGUCUCUGAAGGACCCUGACAACAGCCUGACCCUCUGGGUCAUUGAUCAAGGUCUGAGGAAGAUUCUGGAAGUGGGGGGCUCGGUGCAGGACCCCCCAGGAGAGCUCUCAGUCACCGCCAACAGCCGCAUGAGCGCCUCCAUCCUUCUGAGCAAGCUCUUUGACGACCUCAAAUGUGACGCCGAGAGGGAGAAUUUCCACCGCCUCUGUGAGAGCUACAUCAGGAGCUGGUUUGAGGGCCGUGGGCUGGCCGGGAAGCUGCGGGCCAUCCAGACGGUCUCCUGCCUCCUGCAGGGCCCGUGUGAAGCCGGCAACCGGGCCCUGGAGCUGAGCGGCGUCAUGGAGAGUGUGAUUGCAUUGUGUGGCUCCGAGCAGGAGCCGGAGCAGCUGGUGGCCGUGGAGGCCCUGAUCCACGCGGCUGGCAAGGCCAAGCGUGCCUCGUUCAUCACGGCCAAUGGCGUCUCGCUGCUGAAGGACCUGUACAAGCGCAGCGAGAAGGACAGUAUCCGCAUCCGGGCGCUGGUGGGGCUCUGUAAGCUCGGCUCGGCUGGAGGCACUGACUUCAGCAUGAAGCAGUUUGCAGAAGGCUCCACCCUCAAGCUUGCCAAGCAGUGUCGGAAGUGGCUGUGCAGUGAGGAGAUGGACGCAGGCACCCGGCGCUGGGCCGUGGAGGGCUUAGCCUACCUCACCUUUGACGCUGACGUGAAGGAGGAGUUUGUGGAGGACACGGCUGCCCUCAGGGCCCUGUUCCAGCUCAGCAAGUUGGACGAGCGCUCGGUGCUGUUUGCCGUGGCCUCGGCACUGGUAAACUGCACCAACAGCUAUGACCAUGAGGAGCCCGACCCCAAGAUGGUGGAGCUGGCCAAGUACGCUAAACAGCACGUGCCUGAGCAGCACCCCAAGGACAAGCCGAACUUCGUGCGGGCCCGGGUGAAGAAGCUGCUCGCAGCAGGCGUGGUGUCGGCCCUGACGUGCAUGGUGAAGACCGAGAGCCCGGUACUCACCAACUCCUGCCGUGAGCUACUCUCCAGAGUCUUCCUGGCUCUGGUAGAGGAGGUCGAGGACCGUGGCACCGUGGUGGCCCAGGGCGGGGGCAAGGCCCUGCUCCCGUUGGCUCUGGAAGGCACAGACGUGGGGCAGACCAAGGCAGCCCAGGCCCUGGCCAAGCUCACCAUCACCUCCAACCCCGAGAUGACCUUCCCUGGGGAGCGGAUCUACGAGGUGGUCCGGCCCCUGGUCUCCCUGCUGCACCUCAACUGCUCAGGCCUGCAGAACUUCGAGGCACUCAUGGCACUGACCAACCUGGCGGGUAUCAGCGAGCGGCUGCGACAGAAGAUCCUGAAGGAGAAGGCGGUGCCCAUGAUUGAGGGCUACAUGUUCGAGGAGCACGAGAUGAUCCGCCGGGCCGCCACCGAGUGCAUGAGCAACCUGGCCAUGAGCAAGGAGGUCCAGGACCUCUUUGAGGCCCCAGGCAAUGACCGGCUGAAGCUGCUGGUACUGUACAGUGGUGAGGACGAUGAGCUACUUAGACGGGCAGCCGCUGGGGGCCUGGCCAUGCUCACCUCCAUGCGGCCAUCACUCUGCAGCCGUAUCCCUGAAGUGACCUCACACUGGCUGGAGAUCCUGCAGGCCCUGCUGCUGAGCCCCAGCCGUGAGCUACAGCACCGGGGCGCCGUAGUGGUGCUGAACAUGGCCGAGGCCUCCAGGGAGGUGGCCAGCACCUUGAUGGAGAGCGAGGUUCUGGAGAUCCUGUCAGUGCUGGCCAAGGGCAAGGAGGGCCCAGCUGCCAGGGUGGCGGCAGCCUGCCUAGGCAAGGCUGUGGAAUACGGGCUGAUCAAACCCAACCAGAAUGGAGAGUGAGCUGCAGGCACUGUCUACUGUUUGCCUCCACUGCCAUGCACAGUGCGGAACACUCUGGAACCUGCUUCUCCAGCCACCUGCCUCACGCAGCAGCCCAGGAAGGAGCAGGUGCUUCCAGGCUGGCCCGAAGGCCCCGGCUCUGAAAGGGCACAUCCCACAGCCUCGCCAGCUGUGAGCGUCACUGAGCCUGCACCAGAAGAUCCCCUUCCCCCCAAUAAUAAUAAAAGUGUGGGUGA